UGAUUUUGCAUUUCUGGGGGGGGGAGAACUGUUCGUAAAUAAAACAGUUCUCCUCCCUGUCAGCUCCUGCACACUGCUUUGCAUGGCUCUGGACAGCACAGCCAUGCAAAGCAGUGUGCUUACAGCGAAGCACACACACACAGAACAAGAUGUAAAAUGGCACACAGUUAACCAUUUGAUCGCCCCACAUGUUAACCCCUUCCUGCCCAGUGCCAUUAGUACAGUGUCAGUGCUUUUUAUUAGCACUGAUCACUGUAUUGGUGUCACUGGGGAUGUCAGAGACACCAAGUCAAUCCCCCCCCCCAGCAGUCCCGGUAUAAGUCGCUGACCGCCACCAUUACUAGUAAAAAA